CAAAUGUUAAAGAGCAUUUACUUAUAUUGUUCAGCGUCUAUAACAACCUCAUUCUCAAAUGGUCUUAUUAAUAUGUAUUAAUUUUCAAUUUUAAUAUAUAAAACACGUGUAAUUUUUCUGACUCCGAUGUCUUCUCGUAGUGUUCACAUUUACGAGCAGUCACUGAAUACAACACAAUAUAAUACAAUAGUAAACAACUUACCAAUCGGGUGGUUAAUAUACGGCGUCCCCUCUUCGUCUUUGCGACGCUGCUGUCGGUGUUUUUUAGCGGCGAAAUCAACCGUCUCUAUCAACAACACCGCGUCCGAACUCAUGGCGCCCGAUUCACGUCGUGAAAGCAAACAACAACCGGUCUUUUUGUAGGUGAACGUUGCGCUUGUUGUGGCGUCUGUGAGAAUGAACCAGAAGUGAGCGGGGCGAGCCAAAUGUCGAUAGCAUUGAUACAAAUAUUAGCAUCAGUGCUAUCGUGAUAGAUAAAUAGAUAGAUAGAUUAAUAUUGAACGGUUCUCUUAAUCAAUUCUUUCUGUACACACACUUCUGUACAGUAUUAACAAUAGCAGUAAACUUUGUCAUCAAUAAACUUUGUAGACUACAUGUAGCAACUUAUAUUUAGCUUAGGUGGCUAAUGAAAUACCUUAGUAGUACGGUAGAUGGCGCCAAACACUCAACAGUAGAACUAUAUGCAGAAGAAGACGACACUGCAGUCAAAAACCAAAGAAGAAGACAAAGAUAAGGAAGUAGAACGGCGAUGCUCCGCCUCUAACUGCUGUCAAAAUUUAUCAUUUCUAUCCUUUCCCAAACGCUUUAAUCUUUUUUUUAAUCACCGAAUUAAACUGUAUUCACAACUUAACUUUGACGGCUUCUCUCUUAUUAACUAAACACCGCGUGUGAUGUUGGGUAGUUUGUUGUUAGCAUUUAUUUAGCUAAUGCUAUCGCUCACACAAAAGCCACUUUAGCUUUUUUUAAUGGUGGUCCCUCGGUUUAUGGCUUAGAAGUCCGGGUUUUGGUUCAGCACUAUGGCUUUCAGGGCUAACAAAGAUUCACCGGAGCUGCCUGACUUCUCUCUGCUGAAAAGGCUGGCCAGAGAUCAGCUCAUCUACCUCCUCGAACAGCUUCCAGGAAAGAAGGACCUCUUCAUUGAGGCAGAUUUGAUGAGCCCCCUGGAUCGUAUCGCUAAUGUUUCCAUAUUAAAGCAACACGACGUUGACAAACUUUACAAAGUAGAAAAUAAGCCUGUUAUUAGUACUUCAGAUCAGCUCUGUUUUCUGAUUCGGCCAAGAAUACAAACGGUGAAGUGGAUAUGUGAUGUGGUUAACGCAGACAAAGCAGCCGGGAAAUAUAGAAGAUACAAAGUCAUAUUCACCCCACAGAAGUUUUAUGCAUGCGAGACGGUUCUGGAGGAGCAGGGGGUUUAUGGCGAUGUGACAAUGGACGAAUGGGCGUUCUACCUGCUUCCUCUGGACAACGACAUUAUUAGUUUGGAGCUCCCGGAAUUUUUCCAGGACAACUUUGUGGCCGGAGACCAGCGCUGGGUAAAGACGGCCGGCAGCGCCCUACACCUCCUUCACUCCAUUUACGGACCUUUUUCAAAGGUUUACGGAAUAGGACGGUGUUCAAAGAUGGCGUACGAGUCAUGGAGAGAGCAAGUGGAAGAGGGCGACCAAAAGGCUCGGAAGAGUGAAAUCGGGAACGUUUUCCUUAUCGAUAGAGAUGUUGACUUCGUCACCCCCCUGUGCUCACAAGUGGUUUACGAAGGACUUGUGGACGACAUCUUUCGGAUCAAAUGUGGCUGUGUGGAAUUCGGGCCGGAUGUUUCCUCCACAGACAAAAGCAUCAAAGUCAUGUUGAAUUCGCAGGAUAAGGUCUUCAGUGAAAUCCGAAAUGAGCAUUUCUCCAACGUCUUCAGCUUUCUCAGCCAGAAAGCCAGGAACCUCCAGACUGCGUAUGAUAAGCGUCGGGGGAUGGACAUAAAGCAGAUGAAGACGUUUGUGUCGGAGGAGCUCAAAGGUCUGAAACAAGAGCAUCGUCUCCUGAGCCUGCACAUCAGCGCAAGUGAAUCAAUAAUGAAGAAGAAAACGAAACAGGAUUUCCAGGAGCUGCUGAAGACGGAACACUCUUUACUCGAAGGCUUUGAAAUCCGUGAAUGCAUUUCUUUCAUCGAGGAGCACAUCAACAGGCAGGUGUCCAUGAUUGAGAGUCUUCGCCUGCUUUGUCUCCUGUCUUUAACAGAAAAUGGACUUUUGCCGAAAGACUACCGCUCGUUAAAAACACAAUAUUUACAGAGCUACGGCGUGGAGCAUCUGCUGACGUUCGCCAACCUCCGGCAGACGGGCCUGCUGGUGGAGCAGCAGCAGGGGGAAACACUGACUGUCAUGGAGAACAAAAUGGGGAAACUGGUCAACGAUAAAACUGCAGGGAAGCUGACUGAUGCCUUUUCUUCUCUGGCAAAGAAAAGCCAUUUCAGAGCCCUGAGCAGAAAACUCAACUUGGUCCCAAAGUCAGAUGAGGAAUAUGACCUCCGCGUCCCUCGAGACAUGGCGUACAUCUUUAGCGGCGCGUACGUCCCACUGAGCUGCAAGCUAAUCGAACAGGUCUUGGAUCGGGACGGUUGGACCGGGCUGGAGGAAGUUGUCAGGUUGCUCAACGGGAACGAGUUUGUCGUCACAGGCAACAACGGAGCCAACAGUGAAGCCCAACGCGUCAUCCUGGUCGUGUUCCUCGGGGGAUGCACCUUCUCCGAGAUCUCCGCCUUGCGGUUCCUCGGAAGAGAAAGAGGAUAUACAUUCAUCGUGGUCACGACCGCAAUCACAAACAGUUCCAGACUUUUGGAAGCCUUGCUGGACAACCACGUACGAUGACGCCCCUCAGCUCAUCUCGGUGGACAUCACAAACAUUCCCGUCACUUGUCGUCAAUCGUCGGUCGUGUCUCACAUGGAAUAACUUCCCGCCAGUACACUUGCAGAAGAAGAAUACAGUACUGUGUUGUGGUCUCCUUUGGGUCGCUGCACGGGUUGCCAGCUCUCUAGUAAAAUAUGGACAUUGUCAAGUGUUUAUUUUCCUACAGGAAAUUACUGAAAAUCAAAUUAAUCCGACUCUUAAAAUGUUUAAUCUAAACUCUUAUCUGUUUUGCACUAGUAGGAAAAUAAAGCAUGUCAUUCUCAAACAAUUCUAUGGCGCAAUAACAUGUAAUGUCACAUCUUUAUUUAAAAGAAUCGACUUUAUUCAAUCUUAAAUAAAACUAAAAAUAUCAACGUUGCAAUGCUUUGUACAACAAUACACAAAAUACAAGUCAUUUUUUU